AUGUUCUCGCAUGUUUCCAUAUGUUUCCAGGAAAUACCAUCGCAGUCGUAUAUCGUGGGGGGGAAGUUGCCAAUUGUCAACAUCGUAUCGGUUAGAGGUGGGAAGCAGCUCACAUGACAGUCUGUUUCACUUGGACCCUUGUCGACCUCUACCCCAGACUGCGGCCCGCGCCCGGCCUUGAACCCUAUCUCUCGGAGACGUGAGCCGAACACUGCAGGUACAUAAUGAAUGUAUCGUUUUUUGCUUGGACGUGUUGGAUGUGUUGUGCUUAUCAUCAUGGACAAUGCAUCGAUAGGAUAAGAUAGGAUAGAAUGUGAGCUCAAGCAGCUUCUUAUCUCCCGUCGUGGCUCAAAACGGUGGUUGCAGGCUCGUGAAGGGCAGCAUGUGCCGAGGGGAUGACGUCAAAUCCGGUAGCUGGGCUGGGUGUAAAUAGAGAGCAAACAGGUGCUCCACAUUUGCUAACGAGGGACGUUGAGAUGCGAGAAUUGAAGUCGAUUGAUACUCUAGAAGCGACGGAUAUAUCUGUAUAAGCUGCCGAUGAGGCGCCGUUCGAGACGUGGCUUUUAAGGAUGGAAGCUGACCCCGCGUGAUCGUGUGCCUUCUCUCCUGACUCUCGCGGAGGCUAUCGCGGAAGGCACGCCAUACCAAUGCCGGCCCUCGUGACCAACAUUGCGUAGACGUAGCCAUGGAACGAAGAGCAAUUGGGUAACGUCGCAAUAAGCAAAGCAUUGGCAUUGGCAAGCUGCAAGGCACGCGUCCGGGAGAUUCCCCGAAACAACGCUUUGUUCAUCAUCAUCGUCGUCAAGGCAAGCGGCCAACUCGAGCCGAGCGUCACUCACUGAUCACGCGACCCUUUGAUAGCAGCACGAAGCUUGUAGCUCAUAGCUCUCCACGACCUCUUCUUCUCUUCAUCCCUUUAUCAUUCGACAACUACCAAUCUCACUCUACUUCUUCACUCGCCAUCCAACUCUAACAUCCAUCAACCGAACCACACACUCACCAACUCUACACCACCCACCCAUCAACACUCCGCAAAGAGUACGUGCUUACCUUCCCGUCCAAUGCCUGUUCUGCUUGAUACGACUGCAUUGGCGUCAUCAUACCAUCCACGUGGCAUCUCUGUACUGACGUCUCCUCUCAGUGACUCGCACCCACAAGGCCACCGACCGUGACCACGUCGGCCUCGCCAACGGCACCGCUGCUCCAGAAGAGCAUCUCCCUCGCUACUUCGCCAAGAGCGGCUACAGCGACGUCAACCCCCACACCACCAAGAAGCAAGGCGGCGGCAAGGCCAACUGGUAUGUCUUCCCCUCCUCAUCACUGUGUCUACACUCUUCACACACAUCACCUCUCCCAUAGCACCCUCAUACUAACCCAUAUCCCAGGGGCCAAGCCGGCAUGUCCGAGCUCGAAGACUACUCCUACAACAUGCUCAAGCCCAAGCGCCGCAGCAAUUCCAGCUCCGCCGCAGCCGGCCACUCCGCCCUCAAGACCAAAUUCGAAGCCAUCGACGAGGACGCCAUGGUCGAAUACGACGAAGACAUCCACGGUCCGGAUGGCGCGGAGCUCGAGAAGAUGAGCACUUCCAGCUCCGCCGAUACCGAGGAGGAACAUCUGCAGAAGUAG